UCAUACCACAGCAAAAAUUUUGUAUGCGAUUGACGAAGUUGCAGUUGGGCAUGGAAAUCGCUGAUUUUAAAAUCGUUAUAUUUUUCUCUAAGACCAUGGAAUGAUAUAUGACAAUCACGAGGAUUAUUAUAAAGAUCUACAAAAAGAUGACGGACAUGGAAGUGUUUAGUUUCUUAUAUGCUAAAAGCAAAUUCAGGCUGGAUUUAUCCCGGAUAUCUCGUUUAUAUAUUUGUGUGUUGAUAUUCUGUACAGUGCUAACGUUAUUACCGCAUCACAUACGGGGAUCGUGCAUGCAGGAUUCAGACUGCGGGGUCGAUGGGGUUUGUGAGAGGGGUUCGUGUAUCUGUGCACCCGGGUGGUCCGGCGAUGUGUGUGAUCAUUGUCGUGGACGAACUAGGUUAGAAGAAAGUUCAGGGUACAUAAUAGAAGCUUUGGACGAUUAUGAAGAUAGGAGAAAAUGUACUUGGCUCAUAGAUGGCGGAAGGCCUGGAGCUAAUAUACGAUUCAUUCUACAAGAGUUUGGAACAGAGUGUAGCUGGGAUUACCUUUAUAUAUACGAUGGUGACUCAAUCUAUGCACCAUUAGUAGCAUCACUCAAUGGUCUUAUCAUCCAUGAUUCAGUUGACAUCAAGCAUGAGAUAGUAACAACAUCUGGUUUUGCUUACCUGUACUUCUACAGCGAUGCUGCAUUCAGUUUAGAUGGCUUCAAUAUAUCAUACAGUAUCGAGAGCUGUCCAGGUAAUGGAUGUAGUGGUCAUGGGAACUGUUCCAGCUAUCAUCUAAACUGCUCUUGUGAUCCUCUAUGGUUCGGAGAAGCCUGUGAUAUUCCUGCAUGUCCUAAUAACUGCAGUGGAUGGGGCUACUGUGAUAGCAACAUCAAAGCCUGCGUUUGUCCACCUGGUUUCAAAGGUAGGAUCUAUUCUUUCAUUUUUGUUGUUGAAAUCAUUUCUAUUUUCUACAAUCACAUAUAUUAUUUGGUUUAGGGUAAUGAUAAUAAUAACAAUGGUAUAUUUACCCGGGGUAGCCACUUAAGUUCUGAAAACUGUUCUCCCAGCAGUCCCUGCUAUUAUUAUAACCCUGGCUUUAGCUUGGCUACCUUGGCGCUCAAGCAUUCAAGGAAUUUCUUCCUACGUGGUACUGUUUUACCUCACCUGGUGGGUGUUUCAUAAAGCUGUUCGUAAGUUAAGAGCGACUUUAAGAACGACUGGUGAUCCCUUCUUGCGGUAAGUGGUAUAUUGAAUUGGCGAUGGUUUAACGCGUAAGAAAGGAUCACCAGUCCUUCUUAAAGUCGCUCUUAACAUAUGAACAGCUUUAUGAAACGGCCCCCCGGGUUGAGUGCAGCACAAUGUGGGUAAAUUUCUUGCCGAAGGAAAACGUGCCACGUUUAGGAAUCGAACCCAUGUCCCUCAGAUUGAAAGACAAGACUAAUGACCACUAGACCACGACUGUGGGUGUCUAUGGCUAUGUUCACAUGCCUUUCCAAAUGGCUUUGCAAGCAUGUUAGAGAAAGGUGUGUGUAUCAACUUGUUCAGUCGGAAAACCUGCCUUGACAUUGUGUCACUGUGCUGCUGUAUUGUGCUCAAUGACCCAGAUAGGAGGAGCCUGUGCUUUUCCCAUGUCUUUGUAUACUUGGGUCAUGAAAUCAAAUAGUAAAACAGGAAUACAUGUAUUAUUGUUGAGAGUAACUUAAAUGACAUAGCAAAGAAGUUUUUGUUUGUAACCUAUGCAGAACUGCAUUUUUAUCUCAAAGUGUUUUUGAUCGCAAAACUUUGUGCUAGAUUAAAAAAGGCUUUCUGAACCCAAUUUCUAAAACAUUUUAGAGUUUAUCAACUUUGAACAAUAUAUAUUUUAAAACCUUAAUCAUAUAUGUAUUCUUACAAUACCCUUGAAUAGCUGUAACAAAUGAUCAUAUUACAUGUAGGGCCUAUGUUAGAUGGCUGAGAAUGAAAUACCAGAAAUGUUUUAUGAGUUUAAUAGGGCAAUUUAUAUCCCAUGAAAAAAGCCAUCCAAUAUAAUUAUUGCUGUAUUUAAUGAUCAUUAUUUAUUUGAUUGUGCAGUAUGAUAUUGUACAGCAAUUUUUUGUAUAUAAAUCCAUUCAAUUUAAUGAAUAUUGGCUCUUCAUGCAAUAUGCUUUGAUAAUUUGCUAAUCAUUUAGACCCAAAAAUCCUUUUAUUGCACAACAAAAUGCAUUAUAAAUCAUGUCUAAUAUCAACUCAAGGCUAGUUAACCUUUUAGCAUGUUCUCAAGAAUAAGAAUAUUGAAAGAUGCUCAUGGAGAAGAACAAUUUGCCAAACAUAUGCCUGACAUAUCAAACAACGAGCCAUGUAUACAGACAGGUUGGCUGAGUAUAUUUACAGCAGUGAAAUACUGUGAAUUGUUCAGUAUAAAACGGGUUAUUACUUUCGUAUUACUUCAAGAUGUGUGUAUACUAUUGACAAUCAGGAAGCAAUGUGUGUGCAUUCAGGAACUGAUACAAAUGAGUAAAUAUUGUCAAUGAGCUUGCAAUUUACAGAUCAAUAAGUGGGAGAGAGUCAGAGAGAAGGAGAGAGAGAGAAAGAGAGAGGGAGAGAGACUGACAGAAAAGAGCAGGAAGUUACAAGAAAAUUGCUGGAAAACUGUGACAUAAAUCGUAUGGUUCUAUGAUUUGAGAAAGAGAGAGAAAGAAAGGGAGAGAGACUGAC